GAUCAGCAAUUUGGAAAUAUAAAAAAUGCUCGCUCAUAUUCGAGCAUCGGCAAUAGCGCGUCUAGACGGUCCUGGCAAUUACAAGGAAUGGAGCCACAAGGUGGAACUGCAUAUGCGUGUUCACAAAAUGUGGCCGGCGGUUCUAUCAACGCCGAGGCCAAUCGAAACGGUUAUGGAUCUGGAGGACGAUAAUAAUAUAUUUGUUGCCGCUCGUAAGCGCAUUUACAUCCAAUGUGCGGAUACAUUUAAUCGACGUGUUAAAUUAUUUUUAGGUAAUGUGAUAGAUCCACAGAUUAUGCCACAUGACUAUCUCGAAUGGAGUAUACCUCACAUUUGGUUUGAAUUGAAACGAAAAUUUGGCAAUCUAAAGUUACGCAAGAAAAGAAAAUUGAAGUUGCAGCAAAAUCAGAAGAUUUUUAAAUUUAAGUUGGACAUAAAGUAAAUACAAAAACGGAGAUAGAGAGCAAUCGGCAGAGGAACAUAAGGAAUCAAUUAUAAUUACAUGCAGUUUUCUUUCUUUCUGUUUUUGAAUUAUAUUAAAUUUGUUGCUUGAGUGUUAAUACUUUUGCGACUAGAGACCUU